AUGGCAGCAAAAGGAAAGGGGAUAGAGCCUGCUUUUCCCGUUGACAUCAUCAAUCGGUUAUUGACAUCCCGGCAUUUGAGCACCGUGCGGCAGGUGCAGAUGUCAGAGAAUGAGAUCCGCACUCUCUGUAUUGCCUCGCGUGAAAUCUUUCUUUCACAGCCUAAUCUCCUUGAGCUUGAAGCUCCUAUAAAGAUUUGUGGCAACAUUCAUGUGGCUGCUCUUAUUGGUGAUAAAAUACUCUGCAUGCAUGGUGGUCUUUCUCCUGAUCUACAUAACUUUGAUCAAAUAAAGAAUAUGCCUCGUCCAACUGAUGUUCCCGACUCUGGUUUGCUUUGCAACUUACUUUGGUAG